CCCCUCACCCCAGCAGACAGACAGAUCACGAGACCAGCGCUGUCUGCAACACGCUAGAAAUAACUUUGAAGUUUUUAUGUUGUUGAAACUUUGAGCUAAGUUUCAUCCUAACCAAACACUUCAUAUAGACGAGUGUUCAGAGCCCUUACACACAGCGCGUUUCAGCCACGAUGUCCGCCGACACACAGCAGAGCAAGAGCUGCCCCAUUCCCACGCGUGUCCUGCACCUCAAAGACUGGUCCCAGCUCCCAGACUGCUACAGCCAGACCCCUGGAGGAACCCUUUUCUCCACUACACCAGGGGGAACUCGGAUCAUUUAUGACAGAAAGUUCCUCCUGGACUGCAGGAACUCUCCCAUUGCCCGGACCCCACCCUGUUGUUUGCCCCAGAUUCCUGGAGUGACCGUUCCUUCACACCAUCCAGUGUCCAAACUGCAGGAACUCAAAGAGGAGUUGGAGGAGGAGAAGGAUCUGGCAGCUGAAGACAACCAGUUUGAAAUGGACAUUUGAGUCUUUCAUCUACCUCCUGUGGAGAAUUCUCUAUUAAAUCUGUCGGGAUGUUGCUGCUCACCCCACGAUCAGCAGACAUUACAUAUUCACCAGAUUACAGGGCUUUUUAAUGAGCUAAACACCCAAAGGGUGUCUUAUUCUUUUGUUUAAAAGUAUGUGUUAGGUGUUUACCAGAAGAAGGAAACACAAUUCUUUGACAAGUGGCAGUGUUUUAAAUUUCUUUAUUGUACAUAUGGUACUUUUUUAUUUUUAUUAUUUUAUGAAAAUGCAGCAUUGUGUGGGAGCCGGGAAAAACCAUGGCACAAUUUCUAAUUUCUUGUUUAAUGGUAAAGAUGGACUGUAUGCCAAAUGACUGUCUGUUGCAUAAAUUUGGUGUUUCACUUAAAAAAGCACAUCAGAACAUAAAUGUACACCAUUGUGUGCCCUCAGGGUUAUCCUGGUGUUUCAUUUGCCUGGAUUUCCUCAGGUUUUAUUAUUUUGAAUGAAAUAAAAUAAAAAAAAAUGAGAAAAAAAUAAAGUCAUUUAAUCUGUUAAA